AUGAGCGAAAACGACGGCAUACAUAUAGAAUAUACAGACGAACAUGAGCUGAUUCGCGAAUUUAGACGAUUUAUGAGUGAUCCAGAAACGAGGGAAAAAGCUGCCAACUAUCUGUACGAGUCGCUGGUAGAGGAAACGAUCCUUGGAGUCGCAUACGAAGUGCAUCAUGCGUACAAAACGGGGUCCGGCGUAGCAGUGGAAGGCGAACCAGAGGACAGCAAACCAUACACAAUCGUCGAUCUUCCGGACAUGGAUGUGUUCGGUUCUUCCAACACAAAAAAAGCUAUAGACUGCCACUGUCCAAACUGCAAUCGCAUCGUUGCUGCAUCAAGAUUUGCUCCUCACCUAGAGAAAUGCAUGGGAAUGGGAAGAAAUUCGUCACGUAUAGCUAGCAGACGUAUAGCAAACACACGCGAUGUAGGUACCGGAAAUUAUUUCGGUGGUGACGAGGACGAUGAGGAUGAUGCGGAUUGGUCCGGGGAGAAGAGAAAAAAGAAAAUCUCCCAAGUCCGUACUAAUGGGAGUAAAAAGAAUGGAAAAACCUCAUGAAAGUAGGUGCACGUACGGGGUUGAUAAUGAAAGUUCCUGAACAGAAAAUGCUCGCCGGAUUGAUCCUCGAGCGACGAGAAAAAGUUGAUAUUAACUGAAUGAAUGGCUUCGGCUUUGCAACCCCUACGAAUGGAGUGAUUGUAGCAUAGAUUCUUGACUAAACUACGGAAAUUAAACGUACCGGUGACGAUACCGACUUUUACCAUCAAACUAAAAUAAUAGGAAUUUUUGCACCAAUACUAUGGUUAAUAUGCAUUUUGCCAAAUAGAUUUAUGCAUGGAACAAGCCGUAUUACUAAGAUGGUAUUCAAAACAUGUAUCCUAUGAACGGCUGGGGCAAACGAAUUGACCGUACCAACGAAAGUUGUUGUAAAUUUAUACUCAUAGCUAGGCUAGAUGA